GAACUCCGGGCCCGCUGCUGUUCGCCUAUUGGUGCUGACCUGCCGCUGCAUACAUGUCAAAUUAGCAUCGUUGCGCUAGCUAUUCAGGGACGUCUCUGGCGGCGGACUGCUGUGACCGUGGCAGACCAGGAUCGGAGCUUAGUGCAGAGCUUAGUGCAGUAAGUGGCUGGAUACCUUUAUAACACGUGUUUCCACAUGUUGGAUUUGAUAUCACUUAUUUUAGAGUCGUGCAUCAGGUUUGGAUGGUCAACGGGGGAUGUGGGAGGGGGGGCAACUAGAUGACUGAAUCUGAGGAUGUGGCACGCAGAAAGCUAGGGCUGUAGUUGAAACAGGGGCGCACAGCUGGGCUGAAACAGAUGCUUUGAGUAAUAGCCUAUUAGCAGAGAUAUUACAUGUCUUUGGGCGUUUGCACGGUGUUGGACGUUGACUCUGUAUCCAGAUGUAACGGUCUAUAUGCAGCGAUUUGCUCCAGAUCAAGCUGGUCUGCGUCGGUUGAUAAAUUUUUCCGAUCCAGCCAAUGGUAGGGCAUUUGCACGGUCGGUUCAUCUGACAAAAUGGUGAGAAAUAUUGUAGGCUAUGUUUCACUGAGCCACUCUCAAACCAGAGCUGGCUGGUUCUUGCACAAUGUUAUCCAGCUGUGUGACUAGCCUAUGCUAUGGGAAAUCCCAUUGUAGCAUAAGACAAAUGUUACAAUGUAGUUAAUAUGGGUUAAUAUGUAGCCAUUGAGGCCAGUGAUUGGUGAAAACGUGGGGCUGGAAGAGCGGUCUAAGAGAACCGUCCCUUGUCAAGAGUUCAGAUUUUAUAAUGGCUUAACCAAGAUGAUCAAAUCAAUGCUGCCGUUGUAUUAGGCCUUCAGCCUAUUGUUGCAUUGGAUUUGACCCACAGGCAGUCUGACUGAUUGCCAUUUUGUCAGAGGAUGACAUUUAUAACAACUGUUGUUGUUUGUGAGUGACCAACAAGUCCUAUUUGCUACAGACUGAUGUGUUUGUGUGAGAGAGACCGCGAUAAGGGGGCACCCAUCAGUCGUGCUUAUGCAAUGAGUUAUUAUGGCCUGUAUCCAUUGAAUUGAGUUAUCUCGUGAGAACCCCAUGAGCCUUAAUUCAAUUUAAAGAGACACUAGCGUCUCUCAUAGACAUCAUACAGCCGCCAGCCCGAGUCUACGGAAUACCUGUGUUUUAUUGUUACUCCUGCACCAGCCAUCUUUGGUGCAAUUUCAUCAUCCAGUAGUAGACCAGCUACACAAAUAACUUUGCAGUUUCUCACAUAACGGGUUACAGACAGAGACAUGCGUUUCAAAAUGUCCCCUGUUACAUCUGCAGCAAACUGGAACCGGAUGGAUAAAACACUGGAUCCAUUGUAACAACGGGUUAAUGGAAUCCAGUUCAGACUGGGUUACAUUGUAUCUCGGGAAUGUCGUGCAUAUUGUUCCUCUCUGUGAUUAAAAACAAACAUGAAAUCCAUUUGAUAGGAAAUAAAAAAUGCAGUAGCAUGGCUUUAGUGCAGAAGUUCUCAAAUGAAAGGGAUUUUCUCCAGAACCUUUCUCUGUUCUGCCACACAUACCCAGCCCUAUGUGGUGCUAGACAAUGUGUGGUCUUUCUUGCCUUGUCUAGGCUAGGAUAUAUUAUUUUAACAUAGCCUACUGUAGUCUAAUGUAGUUUAAAUGAGCUUUUAAGCAUUUUUUAAUUGACUUGCCCAUAUAAAUAUAGCCUAUGUUGAUUAGGCCUAAUUAGAUUAGAAUGAAGAUGAGUGAUAGCCUAUCAACCUGUGUCUAUGAGUAGGAUGUUAAAACACAAUUCAUCCAUUCAUCUAGCCAGCCACACAAUUCAUCCAUUCAUCUAGCCAGCCAGCCAGCCACACAAUUCAUCCAUUCAUCUAGCCAGCCAGCCACACAAUUCAUCCAUUCAUCUAGAACAGCCAGCCGCACAAUUCAUCCAUUCAUCUAGCCAACCACACAAUUCAUCCAUUCAUCUAGCCAGCCAACCACACAAUUCAUCCAUUCAUCUAGCCAGCCAGCCACACAAUUCAUCCACUCAUCUAGCCAGCCAACCACACAAUUCAUCCAUUCAUCUAGCCAGCCAACCACACAAUUCAUCCAUUCAUCUAGCCAGCCAACCACACAAUUCAUUCAUCUAGCCAGCCAGCAACACAAUCAUCCAUUCAUCUAGAAAGCCAGCCGCACAAUUCAUCCAUUCAUCUAGCCAACCACACCAAUUCAUCCAUUCAUCUAGCCAGCCAACCACACAAUUCAUCAAUCAUCUAGCCAGCCAGCCACACAAUUCAUCCACUCAUCUAGCCAGCCAACCACACAAUUCAUCCAUUCAUCUAGCCAGCCAACCACACAAUUCAUCCAUUCAUCUAGCCAGCCAACCACACAAUUCAUCCAUUCAUCUAGCCAGCCAACCACACAAUUCAUCCAUUCAUCUAGCCAGCCAGCCACACAAUUCAUCCACUCAUCUAGCCAGCCAACCACACAAUUCAUCCAUUCAUCUAGCCAGCCAACCACACAAUUCAUCCAUUCAUCUAGCCAACCACACAAUUCAUCCAUUCAUCUAGCCAGCCAACCACACAAUUCAUCCAUUCAUCUAGCCAGCAACCACACAAUUCAUCAUUCAUCUAGCCAGCCCAACCACACAAUUAUCCAUUCAUCUAUGUAGCAUCCACCAACAUUUCCAUUAUUAGCCAGCCAGCACCAAUCAUCCACUCUCACCCACCCACAUGUCUCCAUUCUUAGCGCCAAAUUAUUUCAUCUCCAGACCACGCAUCAUCUUCUUGUUUCGAGAGAUGUGAGGUGUGAGGGCACUGGUUGUGGGUUUGGGGUUUGAGAGACUCCUCGACCCGGCCACUGGUCUGUGGUUGUGGGGAUGUGAGACUCCUCGACUCCGUCCACUGGUCUGUGGUUGUGGGGAUGUGAGGUUCCUCGACCCGGCCACUGGUCUGUGGUUGUGGGGAUGUGAGGUUCCUCGACUCCGUCCACUGGUCUGUGGUUGUGGGGAUGUGAGACUCCUCGACUCCGUCCACUGGUCUGUGGUUGUGGGGAUGUGAGGUUCCUCGACUCCGUCCACUGGUCUGUGGUUGUGGGGAUGUGAGGUUCCUUGACCCGGCCACUGGUCUGUGGUUGUGGGGAUGAGAGGUUCCUCGACUCCGUCCACUGGUCUGUGGUUGUGGGGAUGUGAGAUCCUCGACUCCGUCCACUGGUCUGUGGUUGUGGGGAUGUGAGGUUCAGGACAAUUUAGCGCUUCAAAACCCCUGUGUCAGGUCAGCCAGGCCAUCUCCAUAGCAACAUUAUACUGAAUCAGCUAUCCUAUUUUGUGAUAACAUAAGAGACGUUACCUAGUAAGGUGUGAUUUCUGGCUGAUGUGUGAGUAAUACAGGCCUAUAGAAUGUGUAAUCAACUCAACAAUGUGUGUGUGGUUGAGGGACUACGUCUACUCUAGUCUCAGAAUUAAAUAGAAUUACUGGAAUGCUGUUUCAGGGUUCGUCUUGUCCCAGGAAAUACAAUAGUCAAGGCCUCUAGUUUUGCUUUUUCGUGUUUUGUGUUGCAUUAUCCCCCUUGUCUCUAACUCGUAACGUAAUGCUGUUUAGAACUGUGCCUGUGAGUGCCACACUUUUGGGAACUAAUCUUGUGGAAAGAAACGUAUCGUAGGGACACCUUAUUACAGUUUUCCCAAAGUUUUUAUUCAGGGGGAUGUUAUGAAUUUCACCGCCUCUGACAAUAGCUAGGAUAAUUUAUGAAUUUUGGUCGAGCGCGGGUAGAUAAAUCAGCUGGGGCAAUAUAAUUAAUCUGUGUUAUGAAUGUUUUACAGGGUAGAUAAACAAGGACAAAAUAAUGAAUCUUUGCUAUUAAAAUGUUGUUGUGUCCUUUCAGAUAACCAUGACGACAGAAAUCUCCACCUCCAUAAACAUCAAGGAGCCUCGAUGGGACCAAGGGACGUUUAUGGGCCGGGCCAAACACUUCUUCACCGUUACCGACCCCCGCAACAUCCUGCUCACCAAUGAACAAUUAGAGAAUGCACACAAGGUCAUCAGUGACUACCGGUAGUGUAUUCUGAGCCUGGUUCUCCUUAGUUCUCCUUGGUUCUGGUUCCUCUUGGUGCUCCUUAGUUAUCCUUGGUUCUGGUUCUCCCUAGUUCUCCUUGGUUCUGGUUCCUCCUGGUUCUCCCUAGUUCUCCUUGGUUCUGGUUCCUCCUGGUUCUCCCUAGUUUUCCUUGGUUCUGAUUCCUCCUGGUUCUCCCUAGUUCUCCUUGGUUCUGGUUCUUCCUGGUUCUCCCUAGUUCUCCUUGGUUCUGGUUCCUCCUGGUUCUCCCUAGUUCUCCAAGGUUCUGGUUCCUCCUGGUUCUCCCUAGUUCUCCAAGGUUCUGGUUCCUCCUGGUUCUCCCUAGUUCUCCAAGGUUCUGGUUCCUCCUGGUUCUGCUGUAUGGAAACAACCUAUAACUGAGCUGAGAGCUCCUGUUAGAAUUGGCCUCAGGCUUAUUGGCAUAGGUCUAGAAUCAGUUUACCCUUAAUUAACUCUUGAUUAACCAGAAAGGCUGCAAAUGGUUGCAUUCUAUGAUGCAACAUUGAAUACAAUGAACAAUGUGGCUAGGGAAGAGACUGAAGGCUUCUACACUGAUGCAUUUGGGACCAUGUUUAUCAAAUACAGGUUGUGUGCAACUCACAGAGUUGUGUUGGUACUAAGUAAACAGGCUCAGCUAAUCACUUUGUCUUUGUCUUUGAACCCCCCCCCCCCUCUCCCCCCUCUCCCCCCUCUCCCCCCCAGGCAAGGUGUGAUGUCCCCCGGGCUGACAGAGGACGAGCUAUGGAAAGCCAAGUACAUCUUCGACUCCGCUUUCCACCCAGACACCGGAGAGAAGAUGAUCCUGAUUGGCCGCAUGUCGGCUCAGGUCCCCAUGAACAUGACCAUCACUGGCUGUAUGAUGACCUUCUACAAGUGAGCAGCAGUGUUCUAUUAGAAUGAUAGAGUGUUAUAAGACUGUUCUAUUAGAAUGAUAGAGUGUUAUAAGACUGUUAAUAAUAAUAAUAAUAAUAUGCCAUUUAGCAGACGCUUUUAUCCAAAGCGACUUACAGUCAUGCGUGCAUACACUUUUUUUUUUGUGUAUGGGUGGUCCCGGGGAUCGAACCCACUACCUUGGCGUUACAAGCGCCGUGCUCUACCAGCUGAGCUACAGAGGACCACCUGUCUGUUCUAUUUGAAUGAUAGUGUUACAGUGAGGGAAAAAAGUAUUUGAUCCCUUGCUGAUUUUGUACGUUUGAUCACUGACAAAGACAUGAUCAGUCUAUAAUUUUAAUAGUAGGUUUAUUUGAACAGUGUGAGACAGAAUAACAACAAAAAAAUCCAGAAAAACGCAUGUCAAAAAUGUUAUAAAUUGAUUUGCAUUUUAAUGAGGGAAAUAAGUAUUUGACCCCUCUUCAAAACAUGCCUUAGUACUUGGUGGCAAAACCCUUGUUGGCAAUCACAGAGGUCAGACGUUUCUUGUAGUUGGCCACUAGGUUUGCACACUUCUCAGGAGGGAUUUUGUUCCACUCCUCUUUGCAGAUCUUCUCCAAGUCAUUAAGGUUUCGAGGCUGACGUUUGGCAACUCAAACCUUCAGCUCCCUCCACAGAUUUUCUAUGGGAUUAAGGUCUGGAGACUGGCUAGGCCACUCCAGGACCUUAAUGUACUUCUUCUUGAGCCACUCCUUUGUUGCCUUGGCCGUGUGUUUUGGGUCAUUGUCAUGCUGGAAAACCCAUCCAUGACCCAUUUUCAAUGCCCUGGCUAAGGGAAGGAGGUUCUCACCAAAGAUUUGACGGUACAUGGCCCCGUCCAUCGUCCCUUUGAUGCGGUGAAGUUGUCCUGUCCCCUUAGCAGAAAAACACCCCCAAAGCAUAAUGUUUCCACCUCCAUGUUUGACGGUGGGGAUGGUGUUCUUGGGGUCAUAGGCAGCAUUCCUCCUCCUCCAAACACGGCGAGUUGAGUUGAUGGCAAAGAGGUCGAGUUUGGUCUCAUCUGACCACAACACUUUCACCCAGUUCUCCUCUGAAUCAUUCAGACGGGCAUGUAUAUGUGCUUUCUUGAGCAGGGGGACCUUGCGGGCGCUGCAGGAUUUCAGUCCUUCACGGCGUAGUGUGUUACCAAUUGUUUUCUUGGUGACUAUGGUCCCAGCUGCCUUGAGAUCAUUGACAAGAUCCUCCCGUGUAGUUCUGGGCUGAUUCCUCACAGUUCUCAUGAUCAUUGCAACUCCUCGAGGUGAGAUCAUGGAGCCCCAGGCCGAGGGAGAUUGACAGUUAUUUUGUGUUUCUUCCAUUUGCGAAUAAUCACACCAACUGUUGUCACCUUCUCACCAAGCUGCUUGGCGAUGGUCUUGUAGCCCAUUCCAGCCUUGUGUAGGUCUACAAUCUUGUCCCUGACAUCCUUGGAUAGCUCUUUGGUCUUGGCCAUGGUGGAGAGUUUGGAAUCUGAUUGAUUGAUUGCUUCUGUGGACAGGUGUCUUUUAUACAGGUAACAAGCUGAGAUUAGGAGCGCUCCCUUUAAGAGUAUGCUCCUAAUCUCAAAUCGUUACCUGUAUGAAAGACACCUGGAAGCCAGAAAUCUUUCUGAUUGAGAGGGGGUCAAAUACUUAUUUCCCUCAUUAAAAUGCAAAUCAAUUUAUAACAUUUUCGACAUGCGUUUUUCUGGAUUUUGUUGUUAUUCUGUCUCUCACUGUUCAAAUAAACCUACCAUUAAAAUUAUAGACUGAUCAUUUCUUUGUCAGUGGGCAAACGUACAAAAUCAGCAGGGGAUCAAAUAUUUUUUUCCCUCACUGUAUAAGACUUCUAUUAGAAUGAUAGUGUUAAAAGACGGUUCUAUUAGAAUGAUAGACUGUUCUAUUAUUAUGAUAUAUGGAAAUGUCUGCUCUAUCCAAAAUUACAACCAACUAAUUGCAGUAUUACCGCAAAAAUGGAAGAAGCAAGUGGAAGGGGGAGAAAGUAAGGAACUUGUCUGUCAGCCCUGCAUUAAAGACUAAAAUUGGUUAAAGAAAAUUGUGAUAAAUAAAAAAAGUAUACCAGUUUCAUUUAAGGACCAAAAAAUGGACAGCUGUGCCAUACAGAUUGCAAAACAGUUGGGAAGAUAUUUUCGAUGUACCGAUUCCAUGGCACAUGGUUUAUGAACUGAUACACAAAACGACGCCAGAUUCAAAAUGUAGAGUUUUUCAAUUUAAAUUAUUAUACAAAAUUCUUGCAACCAAUACAAUGUUAUCUAUAUAUAUAUAUAUGGGGGAUACAACCAUCCCAGCUCUACAGAUUUUGCUGCAAAGAGACAGAAUCAUUAGAUCAUUUGUUUUGGUACUGUCCAUUUGUAGCUUGUUUUUGGUCACAGGUCCAGGAAUGGCAGAAGAAUUCCAAUAUUUACCUGGAGCUAACUCCGCAGAUAGCACUGCUGAGUGAUUUGAAAAGUCAAAGUCAAUCAAUCCAUAAAAUAAUAAUACUUUUAGCAAAAAAAUUGUAUAUUUAAUUAACAAUCUGUGGAAACUAUGAAAAUAGAAAGGUUCAGGACUUUUGUAAAACAUCACAGCACAGUUAAAAAAUAUAUGGCAAAAAAAAAGACUUCUAUUAGAAUAAUAGUGUUAUAAGACUGUUCUAUUAGAAUGAUAGUGUUAUGAGACUGUUCUAUUAGAAUGAUAGUGUUAUAAGACUUCUAUUAGAAUGAUAGUGUUAUAAGACUUCUAUUAGAAUGACAGUGUUAUGAGACUGUUCUAUUACAAUGACAGUGUUAUGAGACUGUUCUAUUAGGAUGAUAGUGUUAUAAGACUGUUCUAUUAGAAUGAUAGUGUUAUGAGACUGUUCUAUUAGAAUGAUAGUGUUAUGAGACUGUUCUAUUAGAAUGAUAGUGUUAUAAGACUUCUAUUAGAAUGAUAGUGUUAUAAGACUUCUAUUAGAAUGACAGUGUUAUGAGACUGUUCUAUUACAAUGACAGUGUUAUGAGACUGUUCUAUUAGGAUGAUAGUGUUAUAAGACUGUUCUAUUAGAAUGAUAGUGUUAUGAGACUGUUCUAUUAGAAUGAUAGUGUUAUGAGACUGUUCUAUUAGAAUUAUAGUGUUAUGAGACUGUUCUAUUAGAAUGAUAGUGUUAUGAGACUGUUCUAUUAGAAUGAUAGUGUUAUGAGACUGUUCUAUUAGAAUGAUAGUGUUAUGAGACUGUUCUAUUAGAAUGAUAGUGUUAUGAGACUGUUCUAUUAGAAUGAUAGUGUUAUAAGACUUCUAUUAGAAUGAUAGUGUUAUAAGACUUCUAUUAGAAUGACAGUGUUAUGAGACUGUUCUAUUACAAUGACAGUGUUAUGAGACUGUUCUAUUAGGAUGAUAGUGUUAUGAGACUGUUCUAUUAGGAUGAUAGUGUUAUGAGACUGUUCUAUUAGGAUGAUAGUGUUGUGAGACUGUUCUAUUAGAAUGAUAGUGUUAUGAGACUGUUCUAUUAGAAUGAUAGUGUUAUGAGACUGUUCUAUUAGAAUGAUAGUGUUAUGAGACUGUUCUAUUAGAAUGAUAGUGUUAUAAGACUGUUCUAUUAUAAUUAUAGUGUUAUGAGACUGUUCUAUUAGAAUUAUAGUGUUAUGAGACUGUUCUAUUAGAAUGAUAGUGUUAUAAGACUGUUCUAUUAGGAUGAUAGUGUUAUGAGACUGUUCUAUUAGAAUGAUAGUGUUAUGAGACUGUUCUAUUAGGAUGAUAGUGUUAUAAUAAUCUGUUCUACUACAGGAUGUGAUAGAAAGGGAAAUCGGGUCAUUCCAUGUGUCACUGAUAGUUCAUACUGUAGCUGGUGGGUAAUGCAGGCAGAGUACCAGUAAGAUUUUGACACCAAAAGGAUGUAACGUUCUCAUCAUUCAUUCUCAUCAAUCAAAACAGGGUUGCAGUGUUUUUGAGAUGAGUGUAAUUGAGAAGAUGGGUAGAUCAGUGGUUGUGUGAUGUGGUGUCACUGCUAUGCCUGCUAUUACCUGAUGGCUUCCCAUCUCUCUCUGAUAUCUCUCUAUACUCCCUUGUUUUGUACACAAAGAAAUCCCCAUUUGUCAGGGUUAGGUGCUUUAUCUUAUUAAUUGUCAUCUCUCUCUCUCUCUCUCUCUCUCGCUCAAUUCAAUUACAUUUUACAAUUCAAUUCAAUUCAAGGGCCUUCAUUGACAUGGGAAACAUAUGUUUACAUUGCCAAAGCAAGUGAAGUAGAUAAUAAACAAAAGUGAAAUAAACAAUAAAUAUUAACAGUAAACAUUACACUCAGAAGUUCCAAAAGAAUAAAGACAUUUCAAAUGUCAUUAUGUAUAUAUACAGUGUUGUAACAAUGUGCAAAUAGUUAAAGUACAAAAAGGGAAAAUAAAUUAACAUAAAUAUGGGUUGUAUUUACAAUGGUGUUUGUUCUUCACUGGUUGCCCUUUUCUUGUGGCAACAGGUCACAAAUCUUGCUGCUGUGAUGGCACACUGUGGUAUUUCACCCAAUAGAGAUAGGAGUUUAUCAAAAUUGGAUUUGUUUUCGAAUUCUUUGUGGGUCUGUGUAAUCUGAGGGAAAUAUGUGUCUCUAAUAUGGUCAUACAUUUGGCAAGAAGUUAGGAAGUGCAGCUCAGUUUCCACCUCAUUUUGUGGGCAGUGUGCACAUAGCCUGUCUUCUCUUGAGAGCCAGGUCUGCCUACGGGGUCAAAUACUUAUUUCCCUCAUUAAAAUGCAAAUCAAUUUAUAACAUUUUAGACAUGCGUUUUUCUGGAUUAUUUUGUUGUUAUUCUGUCUCUCACUGUUCAAAUAAAUCUACCAUUAAAAUUAUAGACUGAUCAUGUCUUUGUCAGUGGGCAAACGUACAAAAUCAGCAGGGGAUCAAAUACUUUUUUCCCUCACUGUAUAUAUGUUGAAGAGGGUGGGGCUUAAGCUGCAUCCCUGUCUCACCCCACAGCCCUGUGGAAAGAAAUGUGUGUUUCUUGCCAAUUUUAACCGCACACUUUUUAUAAUGUCGUAUGUUUUUCUCCCAACACCACUUUCCAUCAAUUUGUAUAGCAGACCCUCAUGCCAAAUUGAGUCAAAAGCUUUUUUGAAAUCAACAAAGCAUGAGAAGACUUUGCUUUUGUUUUGUUUGUUUGUCAGUUAGGGUGUGCAGGGUGAAUACGUGGUCUGUCAUACAGUAAUUUGGUAAAAAGCCAUUUUGACAUUUGCUCAGUACAUUGUUUUCACUGAGGAAAUGUACAAGUCUGCUGUUAAUGAUAAUGCAGAGGAUUUUCUCAAGGUUCCUGUUGACGCAUAUCCCAUGGUAGUUAUUGUGGUCAAAACCCCAAUCCACAAAAGUGGAGACAGAUAUAAGUCCUUGGUUCCAAAUAUUGGCGAAGAUGCCAGAGCUGAGGAUGAUGUUAAAAAGUUUAAGUAUAGCCAAUUGGAAUUUGUGGUCUGUAUUUUUUUAUCAUUUCAUGUAGGAUACCAUCAACACCACAGGCCUUUUUGGGUUGGAGGGUUUGUAUUUUGUCCAGUAGUUAAUUCAAUGUAAUUGGAGAAUCCAGUGGGUUCUGGUCGUCUUUAAUAGUUGAUUCUAAGAUUUGUAAUUGAUCAUGUAUAUGUUUUUGCUGUUUGUUCUUUGUUAUACAGCCAAAAAGAUAGGAGAAGUGUUUUAUCCACACAUCUCCGUUUAGGAUAGAUAACUCUUUGUGUUGUUUUUGUUUGUUUAUUGUGUUCCAAUUUUCCCAGAAGUGGUUAGAGUCUAUGGAUUCUUCAAUUACAUUGAGUUGAUUUCUGACAUGAUGUUCCUUCUUUUUCCGUAGUGUAUUUCUGUAUUGUUUUAGUGAUUCACCAUAGUGAAGGCGUAGGCUCAGAUUUUCUGGGUCUCUAUGUUUUUGGUUGGAUAGGUUUCUCAAUUUCUUUCUUAGGUUUUUGCAUUUUUUAUCAAACCAUUUGUCAUUGUUGUUAAUUUUCUUAGGUUGUCUGCUUGACAUUUUUAGAUUUGAUAGGGAAGCUAAAAUGUCAAAUAUACUGUUUAGGCUAACUACUGCCAAGUUUACACCUUCACUAUUACAGUGAAAUGUUUUGUCCAGGAAGUUGUCUUAAAGGGAUUGAAUUUGUUGUUGCCUAAUUGUUUUUUGGUAGGUUUCUACACUACUUUCCUUCCAUCUAUAGCAUUUCUUAAUAUUGUGCAGUACCUUUGGCUUUGACGCCUCAUGAUUGAGUAUUGCUCUGUUCAGGUAGACUGUGAUUUUGCUGUGAUCUGAUAGGUGUGUCAGUAGGCUGACUGUGAACGCUCUGAGAGACUCUGGGUUGAGGUCAGUGAUAAAGUAAUCUACAGUACUACAGCCAAGGGAUGAGCUAUAGGUGUACCUACCAUAGGAGUCCCCUCUAAGCCUACCAUUGACUAUGUACAUACCCAGCGUGCGACAGAGCUGCAGGAGUUAUGACCCAUUUUUGUUGGUUGUUUUGUCAUAGUUGUGUCUAGGGGGGCAUAUUUGGGAGGGAAUGCUGUCACCUCCAGGUAGGUGUUUGUCCCCCUGUGUGCUGAGAGUGUCAGGUUCUUGUCCAGUUCUGGCAUUUAGGUUGCCACAGACUAGUACAUGUCCCUGGGCCUGGAAAUGGUUGAUCUCCCCCUCUAGGAUGGAGAAGCUGUCAUCGUUCAAGUAUGGGGAUUCUAGUGGGGGGAUAUAGGUAGCACACAUGAGGAAAUUUUUCUCUGUUGAGAUCAUUUCCUUUAUUAAUUUCUAGCCAAAUGUAAAAUGUUCCUGUUUUGACUAAUUUAAUAGAGUGGGUUAGGUCUGCUCUAAUACCAAAUUAGCAUACCUCCUGAGUCUCUUCCCGGUUUCACACCUGGUAGUUUGGUGGAUGGGACUACCAGCUCUCUGUAACCUAGAGGGCAACCAGUGGGUCCGUCUCCUCUAUACCAUGUUUCUUGUAGGAUGACAGUCUGUAUUUCCAAUGUAUUUUAUGAAGUCUGGGUUCCUGCUCAUUAGGCCAAAGGCAGAUGACCUCAGACCUUGUAUAUUCCAGGAUGAAAUCGUAAAAGCUUUGUGUUCCAUAGUGUCUCUAUCUCUCUCUCUCUCUCUCUCUCGCUCUCUCUCUCUCUCUCUCUCUCUCUCUCUCUCUCUCUCGCUCUCUCUCUCUCUCUCUCUCUCUCCCUCUCCUCAGGACAACUCCAGCCGUAGUCUUAUGGCAGUGGAUCAAUCAGUCCUUCAAUGCAAUAGUCAACUACACCAAUAGGAGUGGAGAUGCUCCUCUCUCAGUCAAGUAAGUUGGUGUUAUAGUUUCUAUAUCAGGGCUAUUUAACUACUGUAUAUUCUUACAGGGGCCAGAUGAAAAAAAGGUUUGAUUGCAUGGGGGCCGGACAUUUUCCAUGUGUGAUUAUUCUUCAGAAGAACUGUAUAAAAAAGCAACGCACCAAUAAAUAACUUUUCUUUAAAUUAAAUGUUGAUAAAAGUAAUUAGGAAAUAAAUGGAGGGCGCUCAACCAAGUCGAGGUGGCAACCAAAACAUUUGAUAAUCAUUGAAAAGGAAAAGGCACAAAGCUCACCAUUUUUAUUUAUUUAAACAACUAUUAAAAGCAUCUUAAAAGUACAGCCUCCACUUUUCUGUGAAGGCUUUCCACUAGAUGUUGGAACAUUGCUGAGGGGACUUCCUUCCAUUCAGCCACAAGAGCAUUUGUGAGUUCGGGCACUGAUGUUGGACAAUUAGGCCUGGCUCGCAGUCGGCGUUCCAAUUCCUCCCAAAGGUGUUCGAUAGGGUUGAGGUCAGGGCUCUGUGCAAGCCAGUCAAGUUCUUCCACACCGAUCUCGACAAACCAUUUCUGUAUGCACCUCGCUUUAUGCACGGGGUCAUUGUCAUGCUGAAACAGGAAAGGGCCUUCUCCAAACUGUUGCCACAAAGUUGGAAGCACAGAAUCGUCUAGAAUGUCAUUGUAUGCUGUAGCGUUAAGAUUUCCCUUCACUAGAACUAAGGGGCCUAGCCCGAACCAUGGCAUUGCGAAUGGUAAUCUUAAGAUUGUGUGCGGCUGCUUGGCCAUGGAAAAGCAUUUCAUGAAGCUCCCAACUAACAGUUAUUGUGCUGACGUUGCUCCCAGAGGCAGUUUGGAACUCGGUAGUGAGGUUUGCAACCGAGGACAGACAAUUUUUACGUGCUACGCGCUUCAGCACUUGGUCCCGUUCUGUGAACUUGUGUGGCCUACCACUUCGCGGCUGAGCCUUUGUUGCUCCUAGACGUUUCCACUUCACAAUAACAGCACUUACAGUUGACGGGGGCAGCUCUAGCAGGGCAGAAAUGUAACAAACUGACUUGUUGGAAAGGUGGCAUCCUAUGAGCUCUUCAGUACUGGCCAUUCUACUGCCAAUAUUUGUCAAUGGAGAUUGCAUGGCUGUGUGCUCGAUUUUAUACACAUGUCAGCAACGGGUGUGGCUGAAAUAGCAGAAUCAACUAAUUUGAAUGGGUGUCCACAUACUUUUGUAUAUAUAGUGUGUGUCAAAUCAGGUAAUGCCAAAUUCUAGUCAGAAAUGUCCCUCAGUCAUUAGGUGUUUUUUUGUCACCCUCCCUUCUAACGAGGGGAAAACAGCAGGUCCGUGUUCCUAAGAGUCAUAGCUUUCAGGAAUGGGCUCAGAAUAUUUUGUAGCUUAAGCUGUUCAAACGCUAGAGACAAAUUCAUAUGAAGAAGAAAUCAACAUGCCACAUAGGCGUUAGAAACCACUAGAGACCGCUAGAAACCGCUAGAAACCACACCAUAGACAACCACCAUAGUGCUUGUAAUUUUGGCACUGAACGUCGGAUUUUGGCUGGGAUUUUUUGCAGAUCUUUACUAUGUUGAUUGAAUAAGUGUGCCAGUCAAUAUAACGGCUGGAUUGGCCUGCGGCCGUAGUGAAUAGCCUGUUCUAUAUGUUUUGUUGAUGUGGCCUGAUUUUAGCUGAUGGUGGCCGAGUUUAGCUGAUGGUGCCUAGAGUUUUAGUUCAGGAGUGGCUCAGAUAGUUUUUAGUUAGAUGGUGCCUGUAGUUUUGAGAUGAUGCUGGCCUGUAGUUUAGUAUCAUAUGGUGCCUGUAGUUUUAGUCUAUUUGGCCUUAUUCAGUGAUGGGCACUGUAGUUUUAUUUUGGCAUGAAGUGGCUGUAGUUUUAGUUCUGGGCUGUUUUUUAGUUGAUGGACUGUAAUUUUAGUUGAGUGGCCAUUAUUUUUAUCAUAUGUGCCUGAGUCUUUAGUUCAGGGCCUGUAUUUCAGUUAGUGAUGGCCAUGAGUUUUUUUAUGUGCUUAUUUUACUGUGUGUGGGCCUGUAUUUUUAUCAAGUGGCCUAGUUUUUACGUCAUGCUUCCGAUUUAGCUGAUCGUGGCCUGUAUUUUAUUCCUGGUGCCUGUGUUUACGUGAGGUGGCCUGAUUUUAGUUGUGGGCCUGGUUGUCUAUCAUAUGGUGCUACGCUAGUUUUUUAUAUGGUUGCCGUAGUUUAUAAUGGUGGCCUUAGUUCUAUUAUUGAUGUUGGACUGUGUCUUAGUUCAUGUGGCCGUAGUUUUAGUAUGGUGCCUGUUUUAUAUGUGCUGUUUUUUGUUAUGGUGGCCUGUAGUUUUUAGUUAUGGUGGCCUGUAGUUUUUAGUUAUGGUGGCCUGUAGUUUUUAGUUAUGGUGGCCUGUAGUUUUUAGUUAUGGUGGCCUGUAGUUUUUAGUUCAUGGUGGCCUGUAGUUUUUAGUUCAUGGUGGCCUGUAGUUUUUAGUUCAUGGUGGCCUGUAGUUUUUAGUUGAUGGUGGCCUGUAGUUUUUAGUUCAUGGUGGCCUGUAGUUUUUAGUUGAUGGUGGCCUGUAGUUUUUAGUUCAUGGUGGCCUGUAGUUUUUAGUUCAUGGUGGCCUGUAGUUUUUAGUUCAUGGUGGCCUGUAGUUUUUUGUCUGGUGUGUUUCUGGUACCUAUUAACCCUUUUCAUGUUUUGCGUUUUGGAUAAUAUGUGAAUGAGUAUGAAUAUGUGAAUUGAUGAAUGCAUCUCUCAUUCGCAGUCAGCUUGGCACAGCCUAUGUUUCAGCUACCACAGGGGCAGUAGCCACCGCUCUAGGGCUAAAUGCACUAACAAAGGUAUUAACCCAUAUAAACCCUGUUCCCAUUCAUUCAUUUACCAUCAACCACAUCGCAUGGCAGUGUUAUCAAACCUAGCUACUCACAAGUCAUAUCAUGAGUGGGUUAUCAUGUCCAGAAUAGUUAUCAUGUCCAGAAUAGUUAUCAUGAGUAGUUAUCAUGUCCAGAAUAGUUAUCAUGUCCAGAAUAGUUAUCAUGUCCAGAAUAGUUAUCAUGUCCAGAAUAGUUAUCAUGUCCAGAAUAGUGAAUAGUAACCAUGAAUAGAAGUGAAUAGUAACCAUGAAGUAGUCUACAUAUUUUGCCUGCUGCCUGCUUUGCUGGUUAGUCAAUGUGUUGAAAGAUAAAUAAAAUGUUGUGUAUUUCAUACAGUAUUCCCACUGUGGAACCAAAUGUCACUCAUAAUACCUGUCAUGACAUGCACAAAGAGCUUUCAGCUUUGGAAAAAUAAGCCUUGCCGAAUAAUUCUAUUAGAAUGUAUAGAUCAAUUUCACCCCUGCCUGUCUGUUUACUCCAACCUUUGUUGUUGUCCAGCACAUAUCUCCCCUCGUAGGGAGGUUAGUUCCCUUCGCUGCUGUUGCUGCUGCUAACUGUAUCAACAUCCCUCUCAUGAGGCAACGGUAAGACCAACUAGUCUGUACCUCCUCCUGUUUGAAAAUGUGGCUUUGCAAAUAUGCACUCAGCAUUUUAAGUGGUUUUUAUUCAAAAUUCUCUACUAAAAUGUAAAUGUUUGAAAUGUUAAUUAGGUGUCUCUGUGAUUCCCUCGUUUUUAAAACGCUUAUUUCCAUCUUUCUUUCCACAACUUGGAACGAGGUCUUUCAACAGGAAGCGUCUUUACCGUCAAUGCCAGUUGUUUACCUUCUUCUUCUUCUUCUUCUUCUUCUUCUUCUUCUUCUUCUUCUUCUUCUUCUUCUUCUUCUUCUUCUUCUUCUUCUUCUUCUUCUUCUUCCUCCCAGGGAACUCAAACACGGCAUUCCGAUAACAGACGAGAACGAUAACCGGUUAGGAGAGUCAACGACCGCCGCUAAGCAGGCUAUCUCCCAGGUGGUGGUGUCUAGAAUCCUCAUGGCCUCUCCUGGAAUGGGUAUGUAUUACGUAAUAUGCUUUAGGAGACCCAAUCUGGCAACCCAAUGGGAUCUUUGGCUCCAACCUGGCAACUCAAGAUGAUACAUUGGAAAUGAUAAAAGGUUGAAAUCCACCAUGUUGUCAAGUGAAAUAUAAUGUUUGAUUAUGAUGUAUGAAUAAACGUUUAUAAAGGAUUAACAUUUUAUUUCACUAUUUUGUUUUCAGCUAUCCCUCCAUUUUUAAUGAACACCUUGGAAAAGAAAGCCUUCCUGAAGGUAUUAUUCACACCAUUUUAUCAUUUUAUUUGUUCACGUAUGAUGUAUUGUAUAUUCACUUACUUUCUCAUAUUAAUGAUGGCAGUCAGCCUUACUUUUUCAUAUCUAAAUGAUAUCUAUUAUUUUCUCAUAUAUAUGAUAGCACUAAGCCUUUUGAUAAGUGGCUAUACUAGAGACAGUAUAUAUAAUGGCCUGUCGUUGUGUGAGCACGCCAUCGAGGGACUCCAGUAUUCACAUGGUCCUCCAUAGCAGUCUUCUAGACACAGUCAGCGGCUAAAUCCAAAUGCUCUGAAGUAAUUUCCUUUCCUAUGUGUCCUAUUUCCUCAUCCUGAUCCAAACUAACUGGAUAGGUAGAAACAUAAUAGUGCCUACUAAGCUAUAGCCCUCAGCCAUAUUGCCUAUAGCCCUCAGCCAUAUUGCCUAUAGCACUCCAGCCCUUUCAGUGAUCAGUGAGUGUGAGGAAACAGGGACAAACAAAGUCAAUCUUAAAUGAAUCAUUCUUUAUUAUCAGCUCGCUGGAGAGGUUCCAACCAACUCAAUGCACCAAGUACACAUGUCGAUCAGGAGCUCUACCCGGGGCAGUCCCGUUAGUUCAAUUAUAUAUAGACAAGUUAUAUUUGCAUGAUUUAGCUUAUUCAUCAUUUAUAAUUAAUUCAUCAUUAACGUUUGCUUCAUUCAUGUGACCGACCAAUCCUGGUUCAUGCAUGUGACAGGCCAAUACCUCACAAGGCUUCUUCUCUCUAAACUGAGACCUUGAAACUGAGAUAUCUUUCGUUCUCAAAACAAGGGUCUGCCAAAUUGCAGAUACUGAUAGUGAGGAUUCGUUCAAUAAGUCUCUUGCAUGAACACAGAAAUUGUUUAUUAGAAAAGCACAAUCAUAGAACACAGAAAUUGGUUAAUAGAAAAGCACAAACUUACAAUUUUCCAUCAGAUAUCCCUUCCUUUGUUUUUCUCAUUGUUUCUGGUAUUUUCAGAAGUUCCCAUGGAUGAGUGCACCUAUUCAAGUGGUCUUGGUGGGAUUCUGGUAAGUGGCCAGCAAGGGACUGUUGAUAAACCACCAUUUGGACUGUUGAUAAACCACCAUUUGGACUGUUGAUAAACCACCAUUUGCAACCCUAUUACAGUAUAUCAGUCAGGACAUAAACGCUGUGAAGAACCCGUGACAUAUACUGUAAACGCUGUGAAGAACCUGUGACAUAUACUGUAAACGCUGUGAAGAACCUGUGACAUAUACUGUAAACGCUGUGAAGAACCUGUGACAUAUACUGUAAACGCUGUGAAGAACCUGUGACAUAUACUGUAAACGCUGUGAAGAACCCGUGACAUAUACUGUAAACGCUGUGAAGAACCUGUGACAUACUGUAAACGCUGUGAAGAACCCGUGACAUAUAUUGUAAACGCUGUGAAGAACCUGUGACAUAUACUGUAAACGCUGUGAAGAACCCGUGACAUAUACUGUAAACGCUGUGAAGAACCCGUGACAUAUACUGUAAACACUGUGAAGAACCUGUGACAUAUACUGUAAACGCUGUGAAGAACCUGUGACAUAUACUGUAAACGCUGUGAAGAACCCGUGACAUAUACUGUAAACGCUGUGAAGAACCUGUGACAUAUACUGUAAACGCUGUGAAGAACCUGUGACAUACUGUAAACGCUGUGAAGUACCCGUGACAUAUACUGUAAACGCUGUGAAGAACCCGUGACAUAUACUGUAAACGCUGUGAAGAACCUGUGACAUAUACUGUAAACGCUGUGAAGAACCUGUGACAUAUACUGUAAACGCUGUGAAGAACCUGUGACAUAUACUGUAAACGCUGUGAAGAACCCGUGACAUACAGUGGGGAAAAAAAGUAUUUAGUCAGCCACCAAUUGUGCAAGUUCUCCCACUUAAAAAGAUGAGACAGGCCUGUAAUUUUCAUCAUAGGUACACGUCAACUAUGACAGACAAAAUUAGAAAAAAAAUCCAGAAAAUCACAUUGUAUGAUUUUUUAUGAAUUUAUUUGCAAAUUAUGGUGGAAAAUAAGUAUUUGGUCAAUAACAAAAGUUUCUCAAUACUUUGUUAUAUAUCCUUUGUUGGCAAUGACACAGGUCAAACGUUUUCUGUAAGUCUUCACAAGGUUUUCACACACUGUUGCUGGUAUUUUGGCCCAUUCCUCCAUGCAGAUCUCCUCUAGAGCAGUGAUGUUUUGGGGCUGUCGCUGGGCAACACUGACUUUCAACUCCCUCCAAAUAUUUUCUAUGGGGUUGAGAUCUGGAGACUGGCUAGGCCACUCCAGGACCUUGAAAUGCUUCUUACGAAGCCACUCCUUCGUUGCCCGGGCGGUGUGUUUGGGAUCAUUGUCAUGCUGAAAGACCCAGCCACGUUUCAUCUUCAAUGCCCUUGCUGAUGGAAGUAGGUUUUCACUCAAAAUCUCACGAUACAUGGCCCCAUUCAUUCUUUCCUUUACACGGAUCAGUCGUCCUGGUCCCUUUGCAGAAAAACAGCCCCAAAGCAUGAUGUUUCCACCCCCAUGCUUUACAGUAGGUAUGGUGUUCUUUGGAUGCAACUCAGCAUUCUUUGUCCUCCAAACACGACGAGUUGAGUUUUUACCAAAAAUUCUAUUUUGGUUUCAUCUGACCAUAUGACAUUCUCCCAAUCCUCUUCUGGAUCAUCCAAAUGCACUCUAGCAAACUUCAGACGGGCCUGGACAUUUACUGGCUUAAGCAGGGGGACAGGUCUGGCACUGCAGGAUUUGAGUCCAUGGCGGCGUAGUGUGUUACUGAUGGUAGGCUUUGUUACUUUGGUCCCAGCUCUCUGCAGGUCAUUCACUAGGUCCCCCCGUGUGGUUCUGGGAUUUUUGCUCACCGUUCUUGUGAUCAUUUUGACCCCACGGGGUGAGAUCUUGCGUGGAGCCCCAGAUCGAGGGAGAUUAUCAGUGGUCUUGUAUGUCUUCCACUUCCUAAUAAUUGCUCCCACAGUUGAUUUCUUCAAACCAAGCUGCUUACCUAUUGCAGAUUCAGUCUUCCCAGCCUGGUGCAGGUCUACAAUUUUGUUUCUGGUGUCCUUUGACAGCUCUUUGGUCUUGGCCAUAGUGGAGUUUGGAGUGUGACUGUUUGAGGUUGUGGACAGGUGUCUUUUAUACUGAUAACAAGUUCAAACAGGUGCCAUUAAUACAGGUAACGAGUGGAGGACAGAGGAGCCUCUUAAAGAAGAAGUUACAGGUCUGUGAGAGCCAGAAAUCUUGCUUGUUUGUAGGUGACCAAAUACUUAUUUUCCACCAUAAUUUGCAAAUAAAUUCAUUAAAAAUCCUACAAUGUGAUUUUCUGGAUUUUUUUCUUCUCUAUUUGUCUGUCAUAGUUGACGUGUACCUAUGAUGAAAAUUACAGGCCUCUCUCAUCUUUUUAAGUGGGAGAUCUUGCACAAUUGGUGGCUGACUAAAUACUUUUUUCCCCCACUGUAUACUGUAAACGCUGUGAAGAACCUGUGACAUAUACUGUAAACGCUGUGAAGAACCCGUGACAUAUACUGUAAACGCUGUGAAGAACCUGUGACAUAUACUGUAAACGCUGUGAAGAACCUGUGACAUAUACUGUAAACACUGUGAAGAACCCGUGACAUAUACUGUAAACGCUGUGCAGAACCUGUGACAUAUACUGUAAACGCUGUGAAGAACCCGUGACAUAUACUGUAAACCUGUGAAGAACCGUGACAUAUACUGUAAAACGCUGUGAAGAACCUGUGACAUAUACUGUAAACGCUGUGAAGAACCUGUGACAUAUACUGUAAACGCUGUGAAGAACCUGUGACAUAUACUGUAAACGCUGUGAAGAACCUGUGACAUAUACUGUAAACGCUGUGAAGAACCUGUGACAUCUGUAAAUAAACAUAAUUAACUAGACAUUUAGAAUUCUGCUACCUGUGGCUUGUUUUAAAGCCUUGUUGAUUACUGGCUGUGCAGCCCAAAAGAGUAAGUGGAUCAUAUUUAGGUUUGGUUGAUAGGAAUGUGGACUUGUUGGAUCCUUUUUCUUUUUUUUAGCCUUUGUAUCCCACUACUUCUUAUUCCCAAUAGUUUUAUUUCUUUUUCUUAAUUCCCAUUAUGUUAUUCUCUCUCCCAUUUCUGUCUUCUCUUUUCCUUCCCAUUUCUUAGCUAGGCCCUAAGGGAAACCGGUGGGGCAAAGAGAUAGGAAAGCAAGGUUCUUGUUUAAUUCUCAUCUGCUAUUCCUCCCCGAUCUAUGUCUGUCGCUCCCUUAUUUACCCUCUUCUCUCUCUAUCUCUAUUCUCCGCCCUCUUCUCCCUAUUCUCUCUCUUCUCCUCCUCUCUCUCUCUCCCUCUUUCUCCCAUCUCUCUCCUCGUCCCUCUCUCUCUCUCCCCUUCUCCAUCUCUCUCCCACCUCGCUCCCACUCUAUCUCUCUCUCUCCCUCUCUCCUCCAGCUCUAUGUCAGUAAGCCGAUUGGAGCCAGAGCUUCAGGAGAAGAUCCGUGUGAGCCACCCCGG